AGAGUUUUAUUUGACUGUUUUCGAGUAGUUUUCUAUGGUUCCGUUUGUUAUUGUAUUUUUGAAGGUUAGGUUGUUUUUCAAUCAACAAAUUUUCAUGUCCCAGAAGUAAAAACUUGAAAUUACGAAAUGUUUGAAGAUGACAUCGACAUAGACGAAAUUUUAGAGACCUCAGACUGUACUAAAUCCUCUUUGAAAAGACAGAGUUCCGGUUUUCAUGACGAAAAUACCAAUAAAAAACUUAGAACUGAUAGGAAUGAAAUCAAUGAAGGUACAUCUAGUGUUAAGAAAGUAUUCCGCUUCAAAAAGAAAGAAACUGUACCACCUGUUGCGUUAUCUGGAGUACUCAAACUCGAUGUGAAUACCGAACAUUCUGCUAAAAUAACAAACGAUUGUGAACCUAUAGAAGAACCCCCUUUGUUACCAAAGAACGAACUUAAUUCAUCCUACACCAAAAACUGUGACCAAAUUCCAAGAAGGAACAAUGAAACAGUCAAUUGUAGUCGGAAAAAUGUUGAUGAAGAUGUAAGAGAAUGUUCAGAGUCUAGAAUUCAAAGUGAUAGAAGUAUUAUGAAACGUAGGUUUCCAGGUCCUGCAGGGCUCCUUCCAGAAAGAAGCCUAAGCAAUAUUGUUUCAGAAAGCACUAUCAAAUGUUCAAGAAUAGAAAGAAAGGAUGAUGUAUGUUCCCAGGAUACUUUCACUCCUUUCAGUGAAGAAAUAUGGGAGAAGAUGGUGUUAGAUUUUAAAACAGAUGAGUUUUCAUUACCAGAAAAAUAUAGUAUUCAGUGGAUCAGAAGCAGGACACUUUCGAAAAAACUGAUCAAUCAGAAAGCCCCUUUCUUAGCAGCUUUCAUAGAUAAUAUCAGGAGUCAUAGUAUACAAAACCCUAUCGUUAAUCUCGUUUUGAAGGAUAAAACAGGAACCAUACAAGGCACAAUUUUACAUAACUUAUAUGAAGAACAUUCGGGAUGUCUUACUAUUGGCUCUGUUAUAGUAUUGAAAGAUAUAGGAGUACUGAAUACGGGACCAAACGAAGAACCAUAUUUAACAAUAACAAAAAAUAACUUGGUAUCAAUUUAUUCCAACAAAAAGAGAACAAGUGAUGGUUCAAGUCAAGUAGAUCGUGAAAUAUUAAAGACUGUGUUACAAAAUUUACCAGCAAAUGAAAUUUUAAAUAGGAUAAAAGAGACUAAGAGACUUCAGAACAUGAAGCUAGUAAAUGGGUGUAAAACUAUGCAGGCGAUAUCCUUGAAGAACUCAGAAUUGCGAGGGCCUACGAAUUUGAGUGAUUCCUUCAGAAAAGUGGUACAAAAUGUUAAAUCCAGUAGUUGUUCCGAAACUCCGAAUCUGAGCGUGUUGAGAAUUAAAUCAAUCGGAAGUGAUAAAUCGAUAAAGUCAAAGGAAAAUGUUUCAAAUUGUAGAAGUUCUAAAGAAAAUGAAAACAUCAAUGAGCUUAUGAACUUUUUCGAUAGCCAAGAGGGUAUUGAAGAAUUUUUCAAUGAGGAACCAAACUACUGCAGCACGCAGAAGGAAAAUGUGAAUAAAUGUAGUAAGGAAGUUGAGGUGGCCAGUUGUAGCAGUGAAAAUCAAGAAAAUAGUAAAAUAUUUGAGGAUGUCUUUGAUGGUGUGGAUGCCAGUGCUCUGUUUGAUGAAUUCUGAUCUGUACAUAAACCAGCUCAUUUAUU